AUGAAUUCAAAGAGGAAGAAGGUAGUUUUGACCAUUGAGGAAAAAUUACAACUGAUUGAAGAACGUGAAAAAGGCCAUAAUAUUCCAUUUUUGGCAAAUUCACACAACAUUGGAUUGCAGACAGUUCGUGAUAUCUUAAAACAGAAAGAUAAACUUCUGCAUUUCGCUUCGAGGUCCGAUUCCCUCAAGGGAACGAUGUCUCGUAAAACGACUAAAAAACCAAAUUUUGAGGAAUUGGAUAAUGCAGUGUAUGAAUGGUUCCAACAAAAGCGAGUGGAGGGCCAUCCAAUAUCAGGACCAUUACUAUUAGACAAGGCAAAAUGGUUCCACACGGAAAUGAAAAUUGAAAAACCUUUUCAAGCUUCACAAGGAUGGUUACUUCGAUUCAAAAAACGUCAUGGCAUACGACAACUCGAUAUUCAGGGUGAAAAAUUGAGUGCAGACAAUGGAGCAGCAGAAUUAUUCCUUGCCGAAUUUAAGCGUUUAAUAGAACGUUAUGAUUUAAGUUCGGAACAAGUUUAUAAUGCGGACGAGACCGGACUGUUUUGGAAAUCAUUACCAUCUAAAACACUUGCAAUGCAAAACGAAAAAUCUGCGCCUGGUCAUAAGUGUAGUAAGGAGAGGAUAACAUUAAUGCCUUGCUCCAAUGCCAGUGGAAACCACAAAUUACAGUUGUUAUGCAUUGGUAAAUCGAAAACUCCUAGAUCAUUCAAAGGAACAGAAAUGAAAAAUUUUCCUGUCAGAUACCAAAACCACCCUAAGGCAUGGAUGAAUCGAGAAAUAUUCAAAAAAUGGUUUUUUGAUGAUUUUGUUCCUUCGGUUAGAGCCCACUUAAGAUCUAAAAAUUUGCCGCAAAAGGCAAUGCUCCUAUUAGACAAUGCUCCAUCACAUCCAAAUGAAAAUGAGUUAGAAACUGAAGAUGGACAAAUUUUUGUACGUUAUCUUCCACCAAAUGUGACCUCAUUGUUGCAGCCAAUGGACCAGGGUGUAAUAGAGGCAUGCAAGCGACGUUUCAGGAAAAUAAUGUUACGGUUGCUAUUGGAAUCUGAUUGCAGUCUGAAAGAAUUCUGGAAAAAUUGGAAGAUAAAGGACGCUAUUUUCGCGGCAGCGGAAAGCUGGAAUGACAUUCCAACUGUGACUUUGCAAAGAUCUUGGUUCAAUUUGUGGCCUUCUUUAAAAGAUGACUUGAAUGAAAUUAUUGGAUCUGAAGAGAAUGCAAUAUUACCAGCGCAACUUUUGAAUGGCUUACAAAAUUUGGUAGAAUUCGAAAAUGUUUCAGUCGAUGAUGUUGAGGAAUGGCUAAAUUCGGAUUUGAAUGAACCUGGUUAUCAGAUACUGGAAGAUUCAGAAAUCGCAUCAAAUUUCUCCCAACCUAACCACUGUAUGGAUACAGACGAUGAAAGUGUUGAAGAAUUUUCCACGCAGGAAAACACUGUUUCUGCCGAAGACGCGUUGAGAUUCGCAAAUGUUCAGGCAGGCUUCCGGAAGGGAUUCACCACCAUCGAGCACUUACAAACAAUUCGAACAGUUGUUGAAAAAACAGUUGAAUAUAACAUCCCGAUACAUCUAGCUUUUGUCGAUUAUUAUAAAGCCUUUGACAGUGUCGAGAGGUGGGCAUUUUCAACAGCUUUAGGCGAUGCUUGA